CCACGACUGUCAGACCGCUACCGCCAUUCCUUCUUCGUAAUUUGCUGCGCAGGCCGAAGUCGACAUACGAAGGACGGCGAGCGCCCAGGAAGUCGCAACGGGAAGCCCAAUUUUCCCGCGCCUCGAGGUCGGGAACGUGGCCGUGGAACAACACGCUUUCACGGACCUGCAGUACAACACGCCUUCUUUGCCCUUUUUUCCCUCGUGUCGUUCGCUGUCGCCACAUCCUCGCGCGCGGGCUACGCUUGCCCUUACUUCCGCGGUCCCAAAUCCUGAUUUCCUGCUGGAAUCACGCGUAUUAUAGCCAGUGAUCACCGUCCCGUGCGCGACAACGGCCUCCAGGACAGUACUAGCUCCAGCAAGCAUGCCUUCAAGACAGCCAUCCACGAAGCGGGUGCCGAUCCGCAUCGACCCAGAUGCGCCUUGGAGCGUCAGUGUUGCCGAGACUCCCAACGAUGCGACGGCAUACAGUAUAUACGUCAAGACGCCUACACAUAACCUCACACUCACUCGCACGUUGAUGGAGAUCGUCGAACUCGACACGAAGCUCCGCGAGGGCCAUCCCGGCCUCAAGCUCCCUGCUCUCCCGCUCGACCCUUCGAAGAUACCCGCGCCGCCGAAGCGCAAGUCAACCUUCCUCAACACCCUCUCGCGCUUCGCCUCUCCCGCGACGAACCGGACCAGGCGCUCCCAGAACGCCAGCACCGUUGCCUCCAACGUCGCUUCCACCGUCGCCAGCCCUCUUGCGUCACCAAGCGCGGAGCAGAACGACCCGUUCCUCGCCUUCUCCCCGACGAACCAGAACGCGCCCGGCGUCACCGCUGCGCCCUCCACCCUCAGUACCGCCCUGGCGUCGUACCUCACCACCAUAUCCAACAUGCCCGACAUGCGUCAGGCUCGUCCGUGGAAGCGCUUCAUCCGCGUGCGCAUGGACGACCUGGAGAGCGUGCGGGUCGAGCGCGCGAUCAAGCGUGUCCGCUCGGAUCUUGCGGCCCACGGGGGCUCAAAGGACAAGAAGCACUCUUCCUCCGCUCCCUCUGAUCGUCGUCGCCCGAGCGUCGCCAGCAGUCGGCGCACAAACGGCCAGGACGCCGAUGCGGAGAGCGAAGACGAUAUCGAGGAGAUGAGCAUCCACGUCGAGCAACGCGAGGACGAUAUUCAGGAAGAGGCCGAGCACGAAGUGACGGACACGUCGGCUCCCACCGGGGCCGCUCCAGCCCCCGUCGCCGAUGCCGUUAACGACAAGGCCAGUGUCAAAGAGGAGAUCGGCGCUAAGGAGGAGCCCACUCCCGCUCCCGCUACGCCCGCACCCGUGCCUAAGGAGGGGGACGAGCCGGAGGAUUCUGUACCGCCUCUCCCGCCAUCCCCUACCCCCGAAGCCGAGACACCGCACCCCGUGCCGAAGAAGGAGGACGCUGAGGCAUCUCUCGCGGGAGAAGAAGACGCUGCAGCUACGCCCACCACCGAGACGAGCCCGCUCUCGCGCAUCCGCCGCGCCAAAUCCGCGGACCCUGAUCAACGCAUGUCUCGCGCAUUCGGUGGCCACGACGACACCGCGUCCUCCGUCACGGGCGAUGAGUCCGUGACGGGCGACGAGGAGUCGACGCAUCGCAAGCCGCGGAAGAAGCGCGGGCUCUCUGUCGACCCGCGCAAGGACAAGAAGCCUUCUCGCAAGGUCACCAUCGACGACUUCGAGAUGAUGCGCGUGCUGGGCAAGGGCUGCGCGGGCAAGGUCCUUCUCGUGCGCGACAAGAAGACUUCGUCGCUCUACGCGCUCAAGGCGAUCACAAAGCGACAUGUUCUGGCUCAUCAGGAACUCCAGCAUACUCUCACCGAGCAGGCCGUCCUGGCUCGCAUGGCUGCGCAGGCGAAGGACCCGUUCGUCGUCAAGCUACACCAGAGCUUCCAUGACAAGGACAACCUCUUCCUAGUCAUGGACUUCCACCCUGGCGGAGAUCUCGCCACUCAACUGGCGCGCUGGGGACGCCUCGGCCGUGACCGCGCGCGCUUCUACGCUGCCGAGAUCGUCGAAGGCGUCGAAGGCCUACACGCCGCCGGCGUGAUCUACCGCGACCUCAAGCCUGAGAACAUCCUCAUUGGUGGCGAUGGUCACAUCGUUCUGACGGACUUCGGCCUCUCUAAGGAGUUCCCGAAGCGGCGAACAUUGACGACGGCACCGUCCACGCCCAAUGGCACCAGGGGCGAGUUCAUCCCUCCUGCAUCUCCUCCGUGGAUGAAAGGUGACCAAGACUUGUCCUGGGCGCCGGGUGUUGGGCAGCAGGAGACGACCACGACGUUCUGCGGAACGGCGGAAUACUUGGCCCCGGAGGUCAUUCAAGGUCUUCCUUACAGCUACGAGGUCGACUGGUGGAGCUUCGGCACUAUGCUCUACGAGAUGCUGACGGGCAUCACGCCCUUCUGGGCAAACAACCAUUCCGACAUGUAUGUACGGGUGCUGCAGGACGAAUUGCAGUUCCCAGACGACAAGGCCAUAGAUCACGAUACGAAGAGCUUGAUUCGCGGUCUCCUGCAACGCAACCCCGCAUUGCGGUUGUGCGAACCCAGAAUCAAGCGACAUCCCUAUUUCUCGAUGAUAGAUUGGGGACAUGUGUAUUACAAACGCUAUAUCCCCCCGUAUAUUCCUCCCAUCGACCCAUCCAACGCAAGUGAUACCCAGAACUUCGACGACACCUUCCUGGACAUGGAGCCUGUUCUUGACGAGUACGUCGACGAGACAGAUCAAGAGCAGAGCGGCACGGACGCCGAACGUACCGAUGACGAGAGCUCGAACAACAACACGCCCUCUCAGUCACGGUCUUCGUCUUCGGUGCGCCCAGCCUCCACUACGGACGCCGAGGAGUCCGUGGAUGUUUUCGAUGGAUACUCGUUCAAGGGCCGUCAUUCGGUUCUUCUGGACGACGAUGUCGAGGAGGAAGAGGAAGAAGAGGAGAGCGGGGAGGAGCAAGAGGAGGAAGACGAAGAGGAGGAGCUCGACGAGGCACUAAAGAAGCUUCGGGAGGAGAAGCAAGGCUCCGAGUCUCAGACAGAGGAGGUCGAGGAGCCCAAAACGCCGGAAGCUCGUCCUACGACGGUCGCCGAGCCUGUGCCGGACCUCGAGGAGGCUCAGGCUCAGGCAGAUGUCGCGAAGCCGUCGGAGCCGGCGCAGGACAAGCCACUCGUCUCCCCUGUCGACACCGCACCCGCCAAGCCGGAGGCGAACGGUGCAGAGGCGGAGGCCAAGCCGCGCCCGAGCAAGGACGUGCCGGCGCCGGAGGUGCCCGAGAAGGAUGGCAAGCCGGUCAAGACGGCGCGCGUUACGACGAAGGCGGAGACCCAGAAGCGCCAAUCGAGCUAUCGCGGUACGGCCGCGCGCAACAGGCGCGAGCGUUCUGGCAUUCCCGCGCUGGACAAGGAUCUCCCCGACGACUACGACGAGGGCCCGGCUGCAGGUCCCGACGAAGAAGACGACGACUGGGAUUUCGUCGAGGCUGUGGAUGGCGAGUGCGUGGAUCGCAAUGGGGCGAAGGGCACCAGCUUGUUUGCGCGCGGUGUCGUGGACAGGUAUCGCCUCAAGGUCUUCCGCAAGACGCCUACGCCGUCUCAGCAGCGUACCAAUGGGACGACGUCGCGCUCGGUGUCUGGCAUGUCGCAGCAGUCGGAUGUCACUACGCCGCCCUCGGAUAGUGGCUCGCCGAGCCCAUCGACGCGAAGCCGUGGCCGUACGCCGCUGUCAUUCCGCAAGGGCACGAAACAGUUCCUCAAGCCCAAGGUGCCGCCGCCGUCAGCGUACUCGACUCGGUCGAGCGCGACGUCGCGGUCGGCGCUCCAGCAGUCUACUUCUGGCGCUUCGACUGUAUCAAGUUUGGGUGCUCUGACGCCGUCCCCGUCCGCGACUCUUCCCGAGUCACCUUCGCUCAAGUCCAAGGAGUCGGCGAUGAGCGUUGGCGGGGAGAACAGCAUGUCCUCGGAUGGUGCAGAGACGGACGUCCGCGAGGACAGGGAGCGCGACCCGCACAGGACCAAGAAGUUGAAGAAGUACAAGGAGGGCGCGGAGAAGAUGUUCUCGCUAUUCUCUUCCCCUCGCCAAGGCCCUCCUUGAUGGAUUCAUCCUCACGUGCUGGUCGCGUCGUCUCGGACUCCUCGCUCUUCUGCUCUAUAGCUCUAUACCGCUUUCCAUCCAUCCAUCUCGCGAAUGCCUAUCUAUACAGUAUGCAUCUCAUUUUCUCAACCUAUGUUCCUGCGCGUCGCCGCAAACAGACGAUCUACCUACUCGUUCUGUUCACGAACAUACACACACUCCUUCUAACGUAUUUCUCUGCGCCUGCCUGCAUAUGAUACAUACCACCAUUGCAUCGUGGCUCACUCACGUUCAUACAUAACGCUUACUAGGAAUCUUGGUUGGUCUAGCUGCUGGGCUCUUAUCUUACUUGUUUUCGUCUCGCUCGUUCGCAUCCUUAGACUUGCUGGUAGGUGUAGAAGUAAUACAAGAAGUCGAAGUGAUCUCGGACAGUGAAAUGUUCUCAUGCC